AGAAGCUGUAAUUAAUAAGGUCGAUAGUUUCACUCAAAAAGUUGCGCAUAUCACAUAUCAUUUAAUAGCAUCACCUGAUAAUUCGGGUCACCCGGGUCAAGCAAAUCGAGAUCCUAACCCGACGG